AUAAAUUGAAACACUCGUCCAUCAGUUCGAAAACACUGUCUCAUUCUAACCAAUUUCGAAUAGCAAAAAAAUGGCGCAUUUUUCUGUCGCCUCACUCGCCCAAGUUGUUUUGUUGUUGGUUUUGAUUUGUUGGACGCCGAGUUCGACUGGCACUGCCUUUUCCUUGGAGGAAGAAUUCCUACGACUGAAGGAAAAUUAUAUUCAAAUGAUACAAGUCGUGAAAAGUUUGGAAUCGACAGCGAUUGAACAGCAGGCAAAAGUGACACAACUGGAGGCGCAACUGGAACUUAAUAAUGAACUAAGACAAGAUUUGGCAUUGAAAGUAAUUCAAUUAGAGUCCAAAAAUGUCCAGCUGGAAGUCAAAAUUGGAAAACUGGAGGCCAAAGUUGAACAACAAGAUUCGCUUUUAACUUCCCUUUUACGAGAGAAAAAUGAACGCACAGCAGCAGCAACUUAUUCUGUUUCAAUUGGCAAUAAUCAAUCGGCUGUUGCCAUCAACGGACUACCGUCUUCAUGCGAGGAUCUAAACACGAUUGGCCACACCCUGAGCGGAUUUUAUUCCGUCAUGGGAUUUUCGAAAAUGGAAUCCGUUUACUGCGAUUUCACUAAACUCCCUGGCGAUGCGGGUUUUCAGAAAUGGAUCGGAUUCGCCGACGUCAAAUCAGCACCCGUCUAUUUCUACGUCCAGAGAAAUUCUUAUUUUGACACACUUGGCACUCCGAUUCCGUUCGAUGUGGCGGUGGUGAACGAGGGAAAUGCCAUGGAUUUGACAUCGGGGAUAUUCACGGCACCGCGGCCGGGAAUUUAUUUUUUCUCUUUCACGGGAGUGGCGUAUCUUUCAUAUUCAUCUUCUGUUUAUCUUUUUCCUUCUCUUUAUUUGAACGGGAAUCGAAUCGGGGCGAGUUUUGUUAAAGAGAAUAACGGCCCCGUUGAACAAUAUAGUGUGGUGACCCUCCAGUCGACUCUAAACUUGAAAAUAGGCGAUCAACUCUGGGUGGAUAUUGCUUAUUAUGGUUCAUCUUCGUAUUUGCAUGACGACAGUCGCCACUUGACCCAUUUCACGGGUUUCAUGUUGGAGGAGGAAAUUGCGGCGUCACUUUGAGGUUCAACUUCAUCGGAGAACGGCGUUCAUUUUCGACAAUUUGAGGUUUUUUACCUAAAUUUGACUGUGGAUGCAAUAACUCUUACUGAAUAGCGAAUACACACAUC